AUGGUUAAAUUGGCUAAUGUUGAUGGUUGUUUUUUACUAAUUUCAGGUGAAGCAAAUGGUGGUUGCUACACUUGCAUAAUCUGGGAAAGAGGAAAUGGAAGUUGUUUUGGGAAUAUAGGUGCUAUUGAUUUGUUUUCAAAUGAAUUCCUAGGUUGUCUAUUUGUGAUGUUGAUUGCUUUGUUGCAAAGACUUUAUGAUCCUGAUUCAGGUGUCAUCGCACUUGACGAGAUAAAAAUUUGUCAAUUACAACUUAAGUGGUUAAGGCAACAAAUGGGUGUAGUAAGCCUAGAGCCAGUAUUAUUCAAUGACAAUAUACGUGCUAAUAUUGCUUAUGGAAAAGGUGGAAAUUCAACUGAAGCAGAAAUCAAAGUUGCAUCUAAAUUGGCCAAUUGCUAA